GGGUCGCUUUGCUGGAGCGUGCCCACUCUCUACAAAAACCCACCCCAUCUCUCUCUCUCUUUCUAGCACAUUCUCAACCCCCGAUUCAAGGCAAACCACCAAUGCCGGAGCCACCUCUCACGGCGGGCGCCGAGGUCGCCGCCGCCAGCAGCUCCCCAAUCCCAUCGCCCGCCUCCCCGUCUUCCUCCUCCGGCUCGUCCUACGUGUCGAACCCCGAGCCUUCCCGUGACAAGUCGAAAGCAAGAGCCGCGGCUCGGGAGGGCGAGGGCCGCCCGGCGGCCGCGGCGGCGGCCAAGCGAGCCCGGGACGAGGGCAGCAAGCACCCGGUCUACAGAGGUGUCCGGAUGCGGAGCUGGGGCAAGUGGGUGUCGGAGAUCCGCGAGCCCCGCAAGAAGUCGCGCAUUUGGCUCGGCACCUUCCCCACCGCGGAGAUGGCGGCCCGCGCCCACGACGUGGCCGCGCUGAGUAUCAAGGGCAAGUCGGCCGUGCUGAACUUCCCCCACCUCGCCAAGCUCCUGCCCCGGCCCGCGUCCCUCGCCCCCCGCGACGUCCAGGCCGCAGCGACGAGGGCGGCCGCUAUGGACGUCGACCCGGCGACGCCGGGAUCGGCGGUAUCGCCGCCUCCGCCGCCGCCGCCGCCUUCGUGCUCCAAGGGCGCGGAGCCCGAGGAGCUGAGCGAGAUCAUCGAGCUGCCUAAUAUAGAAGGCGGUUUCGGGUUCGGCUCCGGCUUCGGGUUCGGGUUCGGGUUCGGGCCAUCGGAGUCGUCGUCGUCGGGCGACGUGCUGUUGGCCGACACGGUGGACUAUGGCUGGGUGGAGGAUCAGCCGCGGUGGCUGAUCGAGAGCGGAGACGCCGACUUCGGGGCGGAGUUUCUUCAUCGGUUUUUGGCGGCCGACAGUAAUUACCCUCUGGAAUUCGAAGCCCUCGUGCGGGAUUAAUUGCGGCUGAUUAUUUUAGGUGCUUCUCUUUUUCCUUUUUUUUUUUUUUUUGAAUUUUUAAAUUCCUUGGGAGACCAUAUAAAGACUAUGUAGUUUUCUCCUCUAUACGAAUCAGUCUCGUGUCUGUCCCUAGCUAUAUAGCUAACUCGUUUUCUCGGAUCAAUGUAAAUCAAUCAUAUAUUAUACUUAAACAAUACAGCACCCUUCCCAUUGCAA